CUUCCUCGCCACUACUACUACUCCUUCCCCGUCCACCCUCGUGAGCCCCUCUCCUCCUCGACUCCUCCUCUCUGGCUCUCUCCCCGGCCCCGCUUCCUUCCUCCUCGCCCGCUCCGGAUCUCGCCCUGCCGGCCGGAGCCGGACGCGCGCACGCAAGCACGCGGCGGCGACCCGGUCCUCCUGCCGUUUCCCCCUGUUAUUACUCCCGCCCGCCGCAUUGCGGGGGAUCUGCUCCAUCUGUCGCGCUACUCCACGGCCCGCUGUCUGUUUGUUCUGUCUGUCUGUUUCGGCGGGGCUCGGGGGCUUGGAAGCUUGCGGUCGACGCUUCCGCUUGCCAUUUCCCCGCGCCGCUGGAUCUGGCUGGAGGCCUCUGCGUCUGCGGUGGUGGGGUUCCUGGCUUCUGUUGAGCUCGUGCACCGCGGCGGCGGCGGCGAUUGGUGUGUUGUGUUGUGGAUGGGAGCUGAGGUUUGAGAGGCGGCGUCUUCUGUCCCUGUUGCUGCUGCUGCUGCUGCUGCGGAGAUGCCGGCCGGCGGCGGCUCCGUGAAUGUCGGCAACGGGGCGGCCGGGUCCCCCGCCACGCCGCUGCACGGCUCCGGCUCCGCCUCCGCGGCCGCCAGCGUGAACGGCGACGGCUACGACAGCGACGGCUACAACUUCGCGCCGCCUACUCCGUCGACUUUGUCCAUGUCCAUACCCCCGGAGCUUGCUGGAGCAAUCCCGCUAAUUGAUAGGUUCCAGGUGGAGGGCUUUCUCAAAGCAAUGCAAAAGCAAAUCCAAUCAUCUGGAAAGCGUGGAUUUUUUAUUAAAAAAUCUGUGGGUCCGCAAGUUCGCGAGAAGUUCACUUUGGAAGAUAUGUUGUGCUUCCAAAAGGAUCCUAUUCCAACCUCGUUGUUAAAAGUAACUAACGACCUUGUAAGCCGCUCAAUUAAAUUAUUCCAUGUCAUAUUAAAGUACAUGGGCAUUGAUUCGCCUGCAAUAAUAAGUUUGGAUGAAAGAAUUGAACUGGUUGCAAAGCUUUAUAAGCAUACUUUGAAGCGUUCUGAACUUCGAGAUGAACUCUUUGCACAGAUUUCAAAACAAACACGUAAUAAUCCGGAUAGGAGUUGGUUGAUAAGAGCUUGGGAGCUAAUGUAUUUAUGUGCAUCUUCCAUGCCACCAAGCAAAGAUAUUGGCGCAUACUUGUCUGAGUAUGUUCACUAUAUUGCUCAUGGAGCCACAACUGAUUCUGAUGUUCGAGUUCUAGCAUUGAACACUCUAAAUGCAUUAAAACGUUCAGUGAAGGCAGGCCCGCGGGUCACAAUUCCUGCGCGGGAGGAGAUAGAAGCACUUUUAACCAGCCGGAAGCUUACAACAAUUGUAUUUUUCUUGGACGAAACUUUUGAAGAGAUCACCUAUGACAUGGCAACGACUGUUGCCGAUGCUGUUGAGGAACUUGCUGGCAUUAUCAAACUAUCAGUAUAUUCUAGUUUCAGUCUUUUUGAAUGUCGAAAGAUCGUUAACGGAUCGAAGUCUUCAGAAGUUGGCAACGAGGAAUACAUUGGAUUAGACGAUAACAAAUACAUUGGUGACUUGCUAUCUGAAUUCAAGUCAGCUAAAGAUCGCAACAAAGGAGAAAUUUUACACUGUAAACUUGUAUUUAAAAAACGCCUCUUUCGUGAGUCUGAUGAGGCCGUGACUGAUCCCAUGUUCGUGCAGCUAUCAUAUGUCCAGUUACAACAUGACUAUAUUUUGGGGAACUACCCAGUAGGCAGGGAUGAUGCUGCACAACUCACAGCUCUACAAAUAUUGGUUGAGAUUGGAUUUGUUGAGAAUCCUGAGACCUGUGUUGAAUGGAUAUCUCUUCUAGAAAGGUUUCUACCUAGACAAGUUGCAAUUACUAGAGCAAAGCGAGACUGGGAGCUCGACAUCAUCUCACGCUAUCAGUUAAUGGAACACUUAUCAAAAGAUGAUGCAAGGAACCAGUUUCUCAGAAUCUUAAGGACUCUUCCAUACGGCAAUUCAGUUUUCUUCAGCGUUAGGAAAAUUGAUGAUCCAAUUGGACUUUUACCUGGAAGAAUCAUUUUGGGAAUCAACAAACGAGGGGUUCACUUUUUUCGCCCGGUUCCAAAGGAAUAUCUACAUUCUGCAGAGCUGAGAGACAUAAUGCAAUUUGGUAGCAGCAAUACUGCUGUGUUCUUUAAGAUGCGAGUUGCGGGUGUUCUUCAUAUCUUUCAGUUUGAAACUAAGCAGGGUGAAGAAAUAUGUGUCGCACUUCAAACACAUAUAAAUGAUGUGAUGCUCCGCAGAUAUUCAAAAGCACGCUCCGGCUCUGUUACUAGCACGGUUUCUCAAAAUGACGUUUCUCAAGUAGAUAAGCAACCACAUGUUGAAACUUAUGAGAAACGUGUCCAAGAACUGUCAAAAGAAGUCGACGAAUCUCAAAAGAAAGCAGAUCAGUUGCGGGAUGAAUUAGAAAGGAAGACAAAACUAGAAAGGGAGAUGCAAGAAGAACUGGAAGGGCUAAGAGAUACCUUACAAUCCGAACGACAUGUCAUUAAAGAAGUAACAUCUCAGCGGGAUAAGCUAAAAUCUCUAUGUGAUGAAAAGGAUUCUUCUUUGCAGGUAGCAUUGGUGGAGAAAAGUAGACUUGAGACCAGAUUAACAAGCCAGGGCCAAGAGAUCAAUAAGAAAAUAGAAGUAAGAGAUACUUUGACAACUGCAGGCAGUCUCAACAGUGACAUUGAGAUGGUAACUAAGCUCGAGGAGGGGUUGAAAUCAUGUCAAAAGGAGCUUGAUGCAUCAAAAGAAAUAUCAAAGAAGUUAAUAACGGAAAGGAAUCUGCUCGAACAGCAGGUUCAAAGGCUUGAAAGAGCAAAGUCUGAAGAGAAAAGUAAGAUGGAAAGAGUUUAUGAGGACGAAUGUCGUAAGCUAAAAGCUCGUGCAGCUGAACUGGAGCAAAGAUUGGAAAGUACAAGUCGGUCCUUAAAUGUUGCUGAAUCAACUCUUGCCUUGAGAAAUGUUGAGGUGGAUAAGUUACAAAAUACUCUGAAGGAGCUUGACGAGUUAAGAGAGUUCAAAGCGGAUGUUGACAGAAAGAACCAACAGACUGUUGAGAUUCUUAAAAGGCAAGGAGCACAGUUGGUUGAACUUGAAAGUCUUUAUAAGCAAGAGCAGGUUUUGCGAAAACGUUACUAUAACACAAUUGAAGAUAUGAAAGGAAAAAUAAGGGUUUUUUGUCGCUUGCGUCCUCUAACCGAAAAGGAGAUUGCCGUAAGGGAUAAGAAUAUUGUUUGCAGUCCAGAUGAAUUUACAAUUGCUCAUCCAUGGAAAGAUGACAAGUCGAAGCAACAUAUAUAUGAUCGUGUUUUUGAUGCAUACACUACUCAAGAAGAUGUAUUCGAGGACACUAAGUAUCUAGUACAAUCAGCUGUUGAUGGAUAUAAUGUCUGCAUAUUUGCUUAUGGUCAAACUGGUUCUGGGAAGACUUUUACUAUAUAUGGGGCAGAAAACAAUCCUGGUCUUACUCCAAGAGCUACAUCUGAACUUUUUAGGGUGAUAAAGCGUGAUGGUAACAAAUAUUCGUUUGACUUGAAGGCAUAUAUGGUGGAACUAUAUCAAGAUAAUCUUGUGGAUCUGUUGUUGCCCAAAAAUGCAACACGACAAAAGUUAGAAAUAAAAAAGGACUCUAAGGGUGUUGUUACUGUUGAAAACGUGACUCUUGUGAACAUAUCAAGUUAUGAAGAAUUGAGAGCUAUAAUUGCAAGAGGUUCUGAGAGAAGACACACUGCUGGAACAAACAUGAAUGAUGAGAGCUCAAGGUCUCAUUUAAUUCUUUCAAUCAUUAUUGAAAGUACCAAUCUCCAAUCGCAAUCUUAUGCAAGAGGAAAGCUAAGUUUCGUGGACCUUGCUGGUUCCGAGAGGGUGAAAAAGUCAGGUUCAGCAGGAAAACAGUUAAAAGAAGCACAAAGCAUCAAUAAAUCUCUUUCUGCAUUGGCUGAUGUUAUCAGUGCUUUAUCUUCUGAUGGUCAGCAUAUACCUUACCGGAACCAUAAGUUGACAAUGCUUAUGAGUGAUUCGCUUGGUGGCAAUGCAAAGACCUUAAUGUUUGUGAAUGUUUCACCAGCAGAGUCAAACCUUGAGGAGACUUACAACUCACUCAUGUAUGCUUCACGAGUUCGUUGCAUUGUUAAUGACACGAGCAAGCAUGUUGCCCCAAAAGAGAUCAUGCGGUUAAAGAAGUUGAUUUCAUAUUGGAAGGAGCAAGCAGGUAAGCGGAGCGAGGGCGAUGAACUGGAGGAAAUACAGGAAGAGCGGAUCUCAAAAGAGAAAACAGACACUCGCUUGACCGCAUGAGAGAGAGAUAUUGUCAUUGAUUGCCUUUGUCUGGAAUGCAACCUGGUUAUGCAUUCUUACCUCAUACGCAGAGUUGACUGGAGCUUUCAAGCAUCUGCUAUGGCAAAAGAAUUCUGCAAUCGCCUUCUACCGAAAUGUUCUGAUGUCAUCUGACAAGGUUGUACACUAAUUGUAUAGUUACGGAUUAUAUAUUAUGGCAGCGGCGCCUGUUUGUACAAAGAGACUGUAGUACACACUCAUAGGAGGAGGAAGAGUUCUUAGGAGUAAGUCCCUUUUUUUUUGUCAUCUUAGCAAUGAUUGUGGCUUCUACGUAUGCACAGCGGCGUCGGGGUGUCAGAUUACAGUUCACCAAUGUUAGCAUCAACGCUGAAAUGGCUGCGAGGUGUUCAACUGACUA